AUGAACUAUUUUGCUCUCUCAGAAAUCCUAGUGAGGACCCCUGCACUAGAGCAAGUGAAUGAGUACAAAUACUUGGGAAGUACAAUAACUGAGGACGGCCGUAGUACCAGGGAGAUCAUAAGCAGAAUAAACCAGGCUAAAUGUGCAUUUCAAAGCAAGAAAAAUAUGUUUAUAUCUAGAAAUAUUGACAUAAAAGUGAGGAAAAACUUACUUAAGGCUUAUGUUUGGAGCGUAGCACUGUAUGGAAGUGAGACAUGGACCAUAGGUNAACAGUCUACUUAGCAGGAUAAUAGAAGGCGCCAUUGAAGGGAAUAACAGCAGAGGGCGACCGCCACUGGAUUACAUUAGUCAAGUAAUAAGAGAUAUGGACUGCAGAUCUUAUUACGAAUUAAAAAGGAAAGCGGAGAAGCGUCAGGAGUGGAGAAUUGCUGCCAACCAGCCCUUGAGCUGUUGAAAAAAAAAAAAAAAAACGUCCUAUGAAAACCGAUUUAAAAAAAUAUAUAUAUACAUGCCUUCCAGUAUCGUAUCCAUGAUAUUCCACAAAAAAAAUUCGAUUAAUGUUCAAUGUUCAUUCAACAGACAAUGCGAACAAAAAAAUGGACACUUAAAGUUGCCUUACAUCGACCUAUCUAUUAUUGACGCGUAGAUAGAGUAUAGAGAAGAUUCGAUAAAUAUGGGGGUUAAAAAAAAUGGUAUAAAAAGACUUGAUGGAGUUUAAAAUGGAUACAGGCCAUAAUUGGUUAGCAGCUUAUAUAAAAAACAAUCAUCCCCUUACGUUCGAUGAUUCUUCUAGUGAAGAUAACUCUGAACCAAAACAUAAAAGUCAAAAUUAUAAAACUCCUUUUCCACCUGUACAUAAAGCGAAGGACAAAUAUGAACACUGGCCAAUUGUUGAUGAUUUGAAGACGGCGAAAAAUUGCAGAAAUCAAAAAUAUAAAAGUCGUACUCGGGUAAGAUGUAGUAAAUAUAAUAUUUAUUUGUGUUUAACUGCAAAGAAUACGUGUUUUAAAUAUUUUCAUACAUAAAAUAAUACUAUAUUGUUAUUUACUUAAUUCAUUUUGUCUAUAUUUAUAUUAUUCCAAGUGUCCUAAAAUAAGUAAAUUACGAUGUAAAAUAUUUUUCAUUUAUUAAAUUGUUAAUAUGUUGAUGUGGAACAUAAAAUAAGGAUUUAUUUUUUUUAAUUUUUUAGUCAAUAAAUUUUUUGUUUGUUGAUGUAUGCCAAAAAGUAUUAGGAGAAUAAGAAAAACCAGGAUUUAAAGAAGGUAAAAAUUUACCUACACAAAUGUGUAUAUUGGUAGACAAUGGGUAUAAAAUUAAAAUACCAUUCAGUAUGUAGUAACAAAGUUAUUUACCUACACAAAAAUGUAGGUUAGGGCUGAAAGGGAUACGCUAAUGAAAGCAGUGAACGAUGAAACUGGUGGAUUUUUCUUCUUAAAUGCUCCCGGUGGGACAGGAAAAACGUUUUUAAUAUUAUUGAUUCUGACAACGAUUCGAUCAUAAAAUGGUGCAAAAUAAUACUGUAUUUGCACUUGUUUCGUUAGGUAUUGCAGCUAUGUUGGAAGGCGAUCGAACAGCUCAUUCUGCACUCAAGUUGCCGUUAAACAUGCAAAUAAAAGAAACAUAAAUUUGCAACCUUUCGAGAAAUUCUGGGAUGGUCAAAGUGUUGCAGCAGAGUAAUUUAAUAGUUUGGGAUAAGUGCACGAUGACACACAAAAAAUCUUUGGAAGCAUUAGACUGCACAUUGAAAGAUUUACGAAAGAACCAAAACCGGUUUGGUGGUGCAAUGAUUUUAUUGGCAGAUGAUUUCCGCCAAAUACUUUCAGUAAUACCACGAUUAACGUAAACCGACGAACUUAACGUAUGUUUAAAGUCAACCAUUUUAUGGAAGACGUUAAACUCUCAAAUUAAACAUGAACAUGUGACUCGAAUUGCAGAACAACCAAUCUGGAGAAGUUUUUUCCAAACAAUUACUCGAUAUUGGUAAUGGCAAAAUACCUGUUGAUUCAUUGUCUGGAAACAUCAUAUUUCCUACCAAUUUUUGUUACUUUACUGAAACUAAGACCGAACUCAUCGAGAAGGUUUUCCCAAACGUUGCUCAAAAUUACAAAGAUGUAUGGUUGAGCGAAAGAGUUAUAUUGGCUGCAAAAAACGUCGAUGUCAACGAAAUCAAUUUUCAGAUUCCAAAUAAAAUUGCUGACGAAUUAAUGACUUAUUAAUGACGAUUGAUUCCGUUACUAACCAAGAUGUUGUUGUCAACUAUCCCAAGGAGUUUUUAAAUUCGCUGGAAUUGCAUGGAUUACUACCUCAUAAUCUGCAAUUAAAAAUCAGAUCGGUAAUCAUUAUGUUGCGGAAUAUAAAUUAGCCACGUCAUUAAUGAAUAGCGUUAUCGAAGCCACAUUUUUGAAGGGCAUUUUGAUUCCUUUGAUUCCGAACGUCAUAUCAUUCGACUUUAAACAGUUGCAAUUUCCAGUGCGGCUAGCAUUUGCAAUGUCGAUAAAUAAAUCUCAAGGGCAGUCGCUAAGUAUUUAUGGCAUCAAUUGUAAAAUCCUUGUUUUUUAUAUGUCCAGUUAUAUGUCUUUUUCCCGUGUUGGAACACCAACAAAACUAUUUAUAUACGCGCAAGAAAAAAACACUGAGAAUGUUGUAUAUCAUAAAGCAUUAGAAUAAUAAACACUUUUUUUUGAAAUAUUUUUUUAAUAAUUAAACCACUUUGAAUUCAAUAUUCAUAAUUAAGACAGGACACCAUCUGUCAGGUCAGCUAGUAGUGAUUAAAAUGCAAUUGGAAACAUAAAAUAAAAAAUAUAAGGUAUCUUUUAUACGUAUAUCUAGAUACACCAAAUGUAUGUAUCAUGAUACUUUCUUUAAAUAUCUUGCCCAACCAUAGCCAGGAUGACGUCGUUUCAGCAACUGGAAAUAAUAAAGAAUUUUUCUCAGCUUUGGGAGGGGUUACAAAUUCUAAAACAAAAAUUAAAAAUAUUUACAAAUUCCUUAUUAAAUAUUGGAUUAAAUCAUUUUUUCUGGUUGAAAACGUCGUCCGUGUUUUUAUAAAAUAAUUAAAUCGUGAAAUUGCACGUUUUCCUACGUUUUUUCUCAAUUAAGUAAGGCCCUCUGCACACUACGCGAUUGACACGCGAUAAAUAAGACUAGACAAAUAUACCAAAAGAUAAAUUCAAUUAAAGGAGGAUACAAAAAACAUAAUAAGUUCCUUAAAAAUGACGAUGGUUCUCUAGUAACAGAACAGGACAAGGUGUUGGAAAAAUGGAAACAAUAUUUUGGAUAAAUACUCAAUUGUGAAAACCCAGUUGAGACAUUUGCAUGGAUGCCAACGGAACCCAAUGACACUGUAUGUCCGCCUCCAAGCAAAGAUGAAAUAAUACAACAACUUAAUAGGCUAAAAAAUCAUAAAACUGCUGGGGAGGACGGAAUCCAAGAAGAAGUCCUAGAAAACCUAGAUGAAUUAAAGAUAAAUAAAAUACAUAGUAUUAUAGAGAGCGUUUGGCCUGAAGAAAGACUUCCUAAGGACUGGGGCACCGCAUUAAUCUGUCCUAUUCAUAAAAAAAAUGAUCCACAGGAAUGCAAUAAUUAUAGGGGUAUAGCAUUACAAGAUACAACGUACAAAGUUUUAGCAUAUUGUAUACUGGAUAGAGUAAGAUAG